AUGCUGCGGCCUCGAGUGCUGAGGCUUGCGCCCUUCAGAAACCCUGUUCGAACUUGUUCGCCUGCUCUUACAAGGUCGGUUUCUAUCAAUCUGGCCUAUGGAGAUCCCAAGGUCAACCCAUUGGCAUCGUUCGUCCCUUCUUCGAAAUCUUACCAGCUGCUACCCACUGAUGCUAAGGCCGGAGCUGCUGAAGACAAACUGUUUGACCAGCAAGUCCAGGAUGUCAAAUCAUGGUGGGCUAGUGACCGUUUUGAGGGCAUCAGAAGGCCCUACUCCCCAGAGGAUAUUGUCAGCAAACGGGGCUCCAUGCUGCAGACUUAUCCCAGCUCCGUAAUGGCUCGAAAGCUGUUCAAUCUUCUGACCCAGAGAGCGGCUGCAGGAGAUCCUGUCCACACCAUGGGUGCUAUUGACCCGGUUCAGAUGACUCAACAGGCGGAGAACCAAGAAGUUUUAUAUGUUUCAGGAUGGGCAUGCUCGUCUGUGUUGACUACGACCAAUGAGGUUUCACCUGACUUUGGAGACUAUCCAUACAACACCGUGCCAAACCAGGUCCAACGGCUAUUCAAAGCACAACAGUUGCAUGAUCGCCGGAACUGGGAUGAGCGAAGAAAAUUGACGCCGGAGAACCGCAAAUCCACUCCGUACAUUGACUACAUGCGACCUAUCAUAGCCGAUGGUGACACAGGCCAUGGUGGUCUAUCUGCCGUGCUAAAAUUGGCAAAACUUUUUGCCGAGAACGGCGCAGCGGCUGUUCACUUUGAAGAUCAGUUACAUGGUGGGAAGAAAUGUGGGCACCUAGCUGGCAAAGUGCUUGUCCCUGUUGGGGAACACAUUAAUCGACUCAUUGCAGCACGCUUUCAGUGGGAUUUGAUGGGGACGGAAAAUCUUGUCAUUGCCCGCACCGACUCAGAGAGUGGCAAGCUCUUGAGUAGUGCUAUCGAUGUGAGAGAUCAUGAAUAUAUAUUGGGAGUCACGGAGGAUACGGAGCCACUGGCGGAGACUUUGCAAGCCUUGGAGCUGAAUGGUGCUUCAGGUGCAGAUAUAGACAGUUUCGAAGCCGAAUGGGUCAAAAAGCACAAGCUUGUCACUCUAGAUGAAGCUGUUGAAACUCAUUUCAAGUCGGAAGGCAUUGAAGCUUCGGAAUAUAAAGCAAAGGUCGCCGCUGAUCGCAACAUGUCUCUUUCGAAGCGAAAGGAAUUGGCCCAACGGUACUUAAAAACUCCUGUUAGAUGGUCCUGCGAUGUUCCACGUACGCGGGAAGGUUUCUACCAUUAUCGUGCCGGACUUUCAGCUGCAACCAAACGAGCUAUCGCGUUCGGACCAUACGCGGAUCUACUAUGGCUCGAAACAGCUGACCCAAGCGUUUCAAAGGCUGCUGGCUUUGCUAAGGAAAUCAGGGAUGAGCUUCCUAAGAAAAAGCUUGUCUACAACUUGAGUCCUUCGUUCAAUUGGAUGGGACAAGGAUUUGACGAGGCUUCGCUGAGGAACUUCAUCUGGGACCUGGCUAAGCAUGGCUUCGUCUUGCAAUUGGUCUCGCUUGCUGGCUUGCAUUCAACGGCAACCAUAACAGCCGAGCUCUCGAGAAAGUUCAAGGACGAGGGGAUGCUGGCAUACGUGAAGCUUGUACAAAGCCGGGAGAAGGAGCUCGGUGUAGAUGUUCUUACUCAUCAGAAGUGGAGUGGCGCUUCCUAUAUGGAUGGUAUCUUGGGCUCGAUACAGAGCGGUAGUAAUGGAAGCAGAAGCAUGGGAGAAGGGAACACAGAGAAAGGGUUCUGA